AUGCCAGCGGACGGAGAAGACAAAAUCGGAGUGGCUUGCAGCUGUAUUCUCUCGAUCUUUAAGAACGCUAGCCACAGCAGCUCGGAAGAAAUUCGUCAGCUGAAACAGGAAAAUGAAGACCUGCAGAAAAAACUUUCUGUCUGUCAGAAAAAGAAUCAACAACAAGCAGUAGAAAUAGCGGACAGCAACCGUCGAAUGAAGGACAUUCGAGAUGAGUUGCAAACCGCGAAGGACGCGCUGAAACGAGCUCAGACUCGCAACGAGCAGCUGGAAAAGCUACGCGAAACGAUACUGCGGUCAGCUCAAGAUCCUUCGCUGGGAGUUGAAGACUGUCGGUACGGUGGAGAUCCCGUCAUGACGCAUAUGGAGCCGGCGCCGAAAAAUUUGAUAGGCAAAGGCACAAAGAGUGACGCGUUUGCAAAGGCGCUGUUCGGCAAGAUAAAAAAACGCAAGCCACAUAACGAGUGGAUGACGAUUGUUGAGAUAAUCAAUGACAUUACGAAAAGGAAAGUGCCGACAAACGAAGGCUCUGCAAAAGUCCUAGAGUUGCUUGGUCUUGAGAACCAAGAUCUACAAGAAGAAUUCGCCCGGUUGGUGGAGCGCUUCGAAGCAAACGAUAGUGUCAGUGAGAUCUGCUAA